GGCAGCACUGGACUGCACCCGUCACACGGCCGUACCUUGCUUUUGGCAGCUUGUGUAAUGAAAGCCAAUUGUGUCAGUUUUGACCACUGAAAUGUAAUUAUAUUUCAGUGCUUCUGACAAACCACAGAAUUUAGAUGUUAUGUGCACUGUUCGCACCUAAACGCAAAAUAACAUUCAAUAAGCAUAUAACCGCGGAAGACCAUGACAGUUUAACGUUCAACAGUUAAAUUCUCUAUCUCGUCAUUCGCCACCGUCAUCGUCAUCUGUCAGACCAGAGAUGAGAAAGAUGUGAACCGUACGUUUCUUUCAUCGUUUGCUAAGCCUUCGAUUAUGUGUAAUGUCUUCUUCUGUAAUAUUGGUGUCUCUUUGCGUGAUUCGCAUAGAAACUGAAGAUCAAGAAUCACAAAAAAGUUCUGGUGCGAUGGCUGCUAGAAAAAUGCGAGGCUGUCGAGAGCCCAAGGAUGUGAAGGUUGAGAGCUAUGCAAGCAUUGUCGAAGGUCCAAGUCCACUUUUUUCGUCUCGUGGGCAAGGAACAUCCAACUCAUCAUCCAGAGCCAAUUCCGAAGAAGCUCACAAUUCUGCCACCCCUGUCUCUGGGCCUGGCGAAGGUGACGGAGCAAUGGCACGAACGUCCCCUGAUCAAAUAAAUUUCAUUUCCGGAAAUCCUUUUGUCGAAGUCACGAAAGGAAUUCUACACCUGUUCAAAGAGGACGAGUUGACUGAAAUGCAUCAGGCAGCAGAGCGGAGUCACACGAUGUGUAUUUUGUCUGUACCAGCAACAAUGACGUGCCAUGAUCUGCUUACUUUUACUGCUGCCUGUCAUCAGGAUAUUCAACACUUUAGGAUUAUCAGAGAUGGUAGUCCCAAUCAGUACAUGGCUUUGCUGACGUUCCGAUCAGCUGUGGCAGCAAGUGAGUUUUACGAGACAUUCAACGGAGCUCCAUAUAAUUCUUUAGAACCUGACAUCGUUUGUCACAUGGUGUUUGUCUCCCGGGUUGAAGUGGGAGAUGGUGGUUUGCCGCUUGCAGGUCACACGGAGCUGCCGUCUUGUCCCGUCUGCCUGGAAAGAAUGGAUGAAAGCGUCGAUGGAAUUUUGACCAUUUUAUGCAACCAUGCUUUUCACUCCAGCUGCUUGGUCAAAUGGGGUGAUACCUCGUGUCCGGUCUGUCGCUACGCUCAGACACCGGAACCUUUAGCCGACAGUCACUGUAUGGAAUGUGGUGCGUGCAGCGAUGCUCUCUGGAUUUGCCUGAUAUGCGGCCACAUCGGAUGUUCCCGAUAUCAUGAAGGACAUGCUUUCGAACAUUACCGAGACACGCACCAUUGCUACGCAAUGCAACUGGGAAACAAUCGCGUCUGGGACUAUGUAGGAGAUAAUUUUGUGCAUAGAUUGCUGCAAGAUAAGGAUGGUAAAAUGGUUGAAGGCAGUCGUGAGGGAGCCAAAAGCGAAGGAGCCGCCGUUGACGAGAAAGUUGACUCUGUUCAACUAGAAUUCACAUAUUUACUCACGUCCCAAUUGGAAAGCCAGCGACAGUUCUUUGAGGAAAAACUCGGCCGACUGGAACAACGCACAGUCAAUGAGAAUUCAGAAUUGCGCGAAAAGUUGGGUCAAAUAUCUGAAGAGAAUGUUGAGUUCAAGGAACAACUGAAUCUCGUUACCAAAGAAAAACAAUCGUUGGAAAAACGUCUGCACCAUUCGAGCACGAAGUUAACUCAGGCACUUUCUGAGCUGUCCGAAGAAAGGCAGCUGAGCAAAGCACUUCAGACAAAUCUUUCCUCGUGGCAAACCAAGCACAAGCAGUUACAGUUGGAGUUCAACCAAUACAAAGGAGCUCAGGAAUUAGAAAUGACUGAUCUACGGGAGCAGCUUAGAGAUGUGAUGUUCUUCUUUGAAGCUCAAAAGCAGAUAGAAAACUCGGCUGACAAAGAGGAAAUUGCCAGUGGACGUAUAAUCAUUGGUCAAACUUCGAGUACCUCAACCCCAACCACUAACAGUCGAGCCGCGCGAAGACAACAGAAAAAACAUUAAUUUGCGUUUUUUAAUGCGGCUGACGAGGUACCGAAAUAACAAAUUAAACUUCUAGGAUAAGCAAAUGUUUCAAUUAUUGAGUGUUGAACGU